GUGGUUUUGUUUGAGACCGUUACUGAAAUGGAUAUUUAUUUUGUACAACUUACGGUGGCAUGAUGUAGUGCACAUGUCAAAUGACAUUCGACCAAUAAGAUUUUAACAUGCAGUAAAGCAAUAUAGAGCUCGGCGGAACAUGGCCCAAGGAAGGUCGCCGCCCAAGUCUCCUCACAGGACUCCCUCGCGAACGCACGCGGCUGAGGGAUGCACCAGAGCCUCUAGGGCCGCAGCCAGGGACUCCAGGAGCCACACGCAGCCCCAAAGACAUUCUAGAAGCCGCACUCAGCCUCAGGCCCACUUCACUGGCUCGCUCAGCUCGAGCUCAAGCCCUCGAUCGCUCCUGGAAAACCUGUCAUACAGGGAGGCGGACGAAGAGAGCAACAUUCAGUGGAUUGAGAGAAGAAGAGGGAGGAACGGGAAUGAAGAAAGUAAUGAGCAUACAAGAAGAAUGCUGAGAAGAAGAUCAGAAUUCGAGGAAGAGGAGGAAGGGAUAAAGAAGGAGACACUGGCGUCGCGGAUCUGCAGGGCCGCCAAGGUCGUCUCUGGGUUCCUUAUCUCUAUGGGACUUGUGCUUGUGGUAUCACGCACAGACAUUCUCGACAGGCAUUUGUUCCCGGCCUCCUGGGCCCUCUCUGCCUCGCCGGGCGCCCAGGGCCGAGCCCUCCUUCGCCCUGUCCUCGGGCCCGGCCAGGAGGAUCCCACGAAGGAUAUCCCAGGCCACAAAAUAGGAAUCGAAAUGCGCUAA